UGGCAUGCCCCCACUGACACCCCACAGGGCCACCCUCAUCACAGGGACCUGGAAUGUCCCCACUGACCACCCAGGGGAUCACCCCCGUCACAAGGACCGAAGAUGGCCCCACUGACCCCCACAGGGCCACCCCCAUCACAGGGAGCCAGGAUGGCCCCAUUGAGCCCCAUUGGGCCACCCCAUCUACAGGGACCCAGGAUGCCCCCAGCGAUCCCCCACGGGGACACUGCCAGCACAGGGACCUGCGCCGCUCUCACAGGGUCACCCCCAGCUGUAGGGCCAGGAUGUCAUCCUGUCCUCCACAAAGACGGUCAAACACCCUCCUCGAGGGGUGAUAAGGAUGGGGGGAGCUCUACUGGGGUCCCUGUGCCCACUGCUGUGGCUGUUGUCAUUCCCUAUCCAUGGAAAGGAUUUCACGGCAGAGCCUGGACAGGUAGAGGCAGUAGUGUGGGUUAUUUUUUGAAAGCCAUUUAGUAAAAAAUGUGUUUGAUUUCUGUCAAGUGGUACAUUUAAGGCAGAAGGGAGCAUAAGGAGAUCCUCUAGCGUGAAACUCAGUCUGCUGGAGGUGACACUUCGUGUCCAGUUGCUGCUGGAUCCCUGUGUUAUUGGAGCUUUGUGGUGGAGCAGGUGGAUGAUAAACGUGUUGGGAUGCAGACAGCAAAACCUUGGAUGAACAUCCUGCCUGAGAACUGCUCUCACUCAGGGUUCAGAAAAUGCUCUUUCUUGCAGUGGGGAAGAGGCAGGAGAGCCCGGUGAGACACAGGACAGAGCUCCCACCUUCCCUGUAGCCUCCUGGGGCCACCAGCAGCUUCUCUGUGUCCUCCCUCGGAGCUCAUGUGCAGGUCGUCUCCCUGCAGCAGGUGCCUGAGGUGCUGAUGUGACACCUCUGCUCGUUGGAGGGCUAUGGGGAAACUGCAGAGUAAACUCAGCUUCCACACCACCAAAUACAGGGCCGAUGGCUCCAUGGGACAGACGGGAUCCAUCGUGGGACAGACAGGAUCCAUCGUGGGACAGACAGGAUCCAUCGGCACCUCUCGGCGGCACAGCCCCGCUCACACCGACGCCGUCACCUCUGUGGCUGCUCUCAAACCAGACCUGUGUGUGUCAGGGGGCAGGGAUAAGAGUGUGGCUGUGUGCAGCUGGAGAUCCGGGGCUGCCCUGCGGCGCUUCGUCGGCCACGAGCGGGAGGUCACCAAGGUCACCUCUGCCCUUGACUCCAGCAGAGUCUUCAGUGCAUCCCGGGACAAGACAGUGAUGAUGUGGGAGCUUCACGGGGCGUCGGGGCCAAGCCAGCACUUCCCAGGACAUGAGCUGGUCGUGACUGGGCUGGCUGUGAGCCCAGAUGCCUCCCAGCUGUGCACAGGCUCACGAGACAACACCGUGUGCAAAUGGGACACAGAGACUGGGGAGUGUCUGGCCAGGGCCACCAUCUCCAGGAAUCUGGUCACACACCUGUGCUGGGUUCCUGGGGAGCCUUAUGUCAUCCAGACCUCAGAGGACAAAACAACCAGGAUCUGGGACAGCCGGGAGCUGCAGGUGGCACACACGUUCCCAGCCAAGCAGCACAUCCAGACGUGCUGUGACGUGAGCCAGGACGGGCGGUACUGCCUCUGCAGCAGCCAGGGCGGAGAGGCCACCCUGUGGGACCUGCGGCAGACCCGGGGCCGGGUGUGUGAGUACAGGGGGCAUUUCCAGACCACCACCUCGUGUGUUUUCCUCCCCCGGGGCCCAGCCCUCGCCCCCAGCGUCGCCACAUCCUCCAGCGACAGCACAGUGAAGGUCUGGCACCGGGACACGGCAGCCUGCCUGGCCACGCUGUCCCUGGAGGGCUCUGGCCCGCUGGCCUCGCUGGCCGCCUGUGACAGCUCCACCCUGCUCUGUGCCAGCGCCAGCUCCGGCAUCCAUGUGCUGCGCGUGGGCGGCGGCGCCGAGCCCGCCCUGAGGGAGCUGGCAGCGUUCUGAGCCAGGGACCCCACACAGACCCAGGGACCCCACACAGACCCAGGGACCCCCACACAGACCCAGGGACCCCACACAGACCCAGGGACCAUGACACAGACCCAGGGACCCCCACACAGACCCAGGGACCCCACACACAGACCCAGGGACCCCCACACAGACCCAGGGACCAUGACACAGACC